ACAGAUCGUUCAAAAGAGUUUUAUCGAGGAUUCUUACAAGACAGGCCAACAUUUAUUCCGUACGGCAGAUAUCCUCGUUACCCCGCGCGCGUCGAGUAAAAGACAGCUUGCCUCCGGUCUCUCUUCCCCGCCGAAAUAUCUACGAUACACACUCCUAUUACUCUCUUUCUCCUUCGAUCGAUACGUCAGACGAUUCUAUUCUCCGCCUGCUUCUUCUUCUAUCUCUCUUUCUCUUUCCUCCUAUUCUCGUCCUAUUCUCGUCCUUUUCGUCGUCGUCGUCGUCGUCGUCGUCGUUGUCGUACUUCAUUCGCGACACAAUUUCUUCACCUCCGCCGCUCUUCCUCCUCUUCUUCCUUUUUUCUUUUCCUCCUCUUCCUCCUCUUCCUUCUCUUAGUGAUACCGCGACGAUUUACGAAUCUCCCUUUGUCCGCUAAUCGUUUUUAUUGAGUACGUGAGAUUCUAACGAGAGUGAUACUACUGUCAAAAUCAGAAACUGUACAUAUUAUUUUGAAUACUUUUCUUAUUAGGUGGUUCAAGCAAAAGGAGGCAAGAUGCCGGCUGUUAGAGGUGAUGGCAUGCGAGGAUUAGCUGUCUUUAUUUCAGACAUUAGGAAUUGUAAAAGUAAAGAGGCAGAAAUUAAAAGAAUAAACAAGGAAUUGGCAAAUAUACGUAGCAAGUUUAAAGGUGAUAAGACGCUGGAUGGAUAUCAGAAGAAAAAGUAUGUGUGCAAGCUUCUAUUUAUUUUCUUGCUCGGUCAUGAUAUCGAUUUUGGGCACAUGGAAGCAGUUAACUUGCUUUCCUCUAAUAAAUAUUCGGAAAAACAAAUUGGUUAUCUUUUUAUAUCAGUUCUAGUAAAUACCAAUAGUGAUCUCAUUAAAUUAAUAAUCCAAAGUAUAAAAAAUGAUCUUGCGUCUCGCAAUCCAAUUCAUGUAAAUCUAGCGUUGCAAUGCAUCGCUAAUAUUGGUAGCAAAGAAAUGGCAGAAGCAUUUGGUAACGAAAUUCCAAAGUUACUUGUGUCAGGGGAUACAAUGGAUGUAGUUAAGCAAAGCGCAGCGUUGUGCUUGUUGCGAUUAUUACGUACUGCCCCUGACGUUGUCCCUAGCGGAGAAUGGACAUCUCGCAUAGUACAUCUUUUGAACGAUCAACAUCUUGGUGUUGUAACUGCAGCUGCAUCGUUGAUAGAUGCACUCGUUAAAAGAAAUCCUGACGAGUACAAAGGCUGCGUUAGUCUCGCAGUUUCCAGAUUAAGCAGAAUCGUAACGUCGAAUUACACAGAUCUACAAGAUUAUACUUAUUAUUUCGUGCCAGCUCCGUGGCUGUCUGUUAAAUUAUUAAGAUUGUUACAAAAUUAUACACCGCCAGCUGAAGAUCCAGGAGUCAGAGGAAGAUUAAACGAGUGUUUGGAAACGAUAUUAAAUAAAGCUCAAGAACCACCAAAAUCAAAGAAAGUACAACAUUCUAAUGCAAAGAACGCAGUUCUCUUUGAGGCUAUUAGUCUAAUUAUUCAUAAUGAUAGCGAACCAAAUUUAUUAGUACGCGCGUGCAAUCAAUUGGGCCAAUUUUUAUCAAAUCGUGAAACGAAUCUACGUUAUUUGGCACUGGAGUCUAUGUGCCAUUUAGCCACAUCCGAAUUUUCCCACGAAGCUGUGAAGAAACAUCAAGAGGUAGUGAUAUUGUCUAUGAAGAUGGAAAAAGAUGUGUCAGUAAGGCAGCAAGCGGUAGACUUAUUGUAUGCCAUGUGCGAUAAGAGUAAUGCAGAAGAAAUAGUACAAGAAAUGUUAAACUAUCUCGAGACUGCGGAUUAUUCUAUCAGAGAGGAAAUGGUUUUAAAGGUAGCCAUUUUAGCAGAGAAAUAUGCUACAGAUUAUACUUGGUACGUUGACGUUAUCCUAAAUCUAAUCAGGAUAGCCGGUGACUAUGUCUCGGAAGAAGUUUGGUAUAGAGUUAUACAGAUUGUCAUUAACAGAGAUGACGUACAAGGAUAUGCCGCUAAAACUGUUUUUGAGGCUCUGCAAGCGCCGGCGUGUCACGAAAACAUGGUCAAAGUCGGCGGAUACAUUUUAGGAGAAUUUGGUAACCUUAUUGCUGGUGAUCAGCGCUCAUCUCCAUCCGUACAAUUUCAACUAUUACAUUCCAAGUAUCACUUGUGUUCCCCGAUGACACGAGCGUUAUUGUUAUCUACCUACAUCAAGUUUGUUAAUCUCUUCCCCGAAAUACGGACCCAAAUCCAGGACGUUUUCAGACAACACAGCAACUUGCGUAGCGCGGAUGCCGAACUUCAGCAAAGAGCAUCAGAAUAUUUGCAAUUAAGCAUAAUAGCUUCUACCGAUGUAUUGGCAACUGUACUAGAAGAAAUGCCUGCGUUCCCAGAACGAGAAUCUUCGAUUCUCGCAGUUUUAAAGAAGAAGAAACCUGGCCGCGUACCGGAGAACGAAAUAAGGGAAAGCAAGAGCCCAGCGCCAAACACCAAUCAUCACGUCGAAGCACCAUCAGUUACUGCAGUUUCUGCAGUUAACAAUACUUCUGCAGAUCUGUUAGGUUUGUCGACGCCACCUUCGUCUCAGCCAACAAGCAAUACCGGUGUUCUACUGGACGUCUUAGGUGAUAUAUACAAUAUGCCAAAUAAAGUUGGUGCGACCAACGGUACUCAAAAUAUGUACAAUCCUAAAAAAUUCGUUUGUAAAAACAACGGAGUACUAUUUGAGAACGAUUUGAUUCAAAUUGGAGUUAAAUCCGAAUUCCGGCAGAAUCUAGGACGCGUUGGUCUUUUCUACGGCAAUAAAACUCAAUACGCGUUACAUAGUUUUCAACCACAAUUAUCGUGGUCGGAAGAGAAUCAAGCAAAGUUGGCUGUCCAGGUUAAGCCCGUCGAUCCUGUUUUGGAAGCUGGUGCUCAAAUUCAACAGAUGAUCAAUGCUGAAUGUAUCGAUGACUACAGUGACACACCUAGUAUGCUUAUAUCUUUUAUUUACAACAACGUACCGCAGAAAAUUACUAUGAAGUUACCAUUAACGAUAAAUAAAUUCUUCGAACCAACGGAAAUGAAUGGAGAAUCUUUCUUUGCACGAUGGAAGAAUCUUGGAGGUGCAAAUCAACAACGCUCGCAAAAGAUAUUCAAAGCGCAACAACCGAUGGAUUUGGUUCAGGUUCGUACAAAAUUGCAAGGGUUUGGAAUGCAGUUGCUGGAUGGAAUCGAUCCAAAUCCCGACAAUUUCGUUUGCGCGGGUAUUGUUCACAUGAGAGCUCAACAAGUAGGAUGUUUAUUACGUCUUGAACCGAAUAAACAGGCUCAGAUGUUCCGAUUAACGGUGCGCUCGAGUAAAGAAUCCAUGUCCGUUGAGAUCUGCGACCUGCUAGUGGAUCAAUUUUAAAAAGGCCUAGCAGGCGUGUAUAGAAGCGAGGAAGGAAGCUAGUUCAUGGUCACGUCGCGGGAAGGCACGAUAACGCUUUGUAAUGCUCGACCGCGUUGUGCCAGAAAAAAGAAAAUACUGAUAAUUAAGCGUUAAGAAGCGUGUGCGGUUAUACCCAAGCUUACGGAUAGACAUCUUUGAUUGCUAUAAUAUUCAACGCCAUGAAAAUCAUGCUCUCAAGAGAUAUUUGGUGGCACGUAAGAAGAUGGUUUUAAGAAAAGAAUUUACGAGGUUUCCUAAGCAGCCUAGCGUUAGGACGUAAGAUUAAUAUAAAAGAUUAAUGAAAGAAAAGUAAUAAGUUUAAACGAACAAAAAAAAAGUUCAAUGAUAUAUAUAUAUACUGUAAAAGGUAUCAUUGUACUUUGUCUAUCGUUUCUACGCGACGUUUCCAUCUUAUCAGACUCAGCAUUCCGGCACAGACGUAAACGUAUGUACCUUUAGUUUCUAAUUCCACGUGUCGGGUUCGUAGACGUUAUUCUCAACGUCCGAAAUCGUAUUUGGGUUCGAAUUAUGUCAAGCAGAGAAUGGAAGCAAAUAAUUAUUCGCACCGAUCUUUCAUUUCGUUUUCUUUUAUGAAAGCGUCUUGUUUCCGUUUAUAUUUUCUGUCUGUUAUGUGUGUCCUGUUCUUUGUCUGCUCUGUGUAAGUAUGUGUGUGAGUGUGUGAGUGUCUCAAUUGCAUAUGUGUGUUGCGUACGUGCGCGCGCGAAUGACAGACACUCGUGCCGUACAAAAGAAAAAAUGCGAGUAUGCGCGCGGUAUACGUUUUUUUAUAUAACGAGCAUCAUACGAAAUCCAAAAUAAUCCUCAAUAAUUUAACGAUAUAUGCAUAAUAUCGUAUCAGCGUUGUUUAACGCAACAUAUCAGUUUUCUCGUUAGCACACGCACUCAUAUGUCGCAAGUGCCAUCCUAUGCAAUCACUCGUUAAGAACUAUCUAUAUCGCGUUGUCCAUUUCUUCCGAGUUUCUUCAGACCUUUUAUUUUAAUCUCGUUUUCAUCCUUAUGCAAUGGCAUACAAAGAUUUAAGUAAGUAGGUUUGUAGUUUGCGUUAGGACAAUUAGAUCAUCCAAGUUUCAUUCGUUUGGAUAUUUUUCCUAUAUUUAAAAGAAACUCGGUGAUAGAAAAUUUCUAUAAUCAAUUCAUUUUUUUUCUCUGCUUCCUAUAAUAUUCUCCUUCUCUCUCUCUCUCUCUCUGUUCUUCUGCUUAGUUUCGCGGGAUAAAUCCAUGGCUGGUAAAUUCCCCCCGACGACGAUAUUGUAUGUAAUAGAAAAAGCAGAUGAUGCUUGUCGAAAACGUAAUGAGGUGGGGUGAUGAUCCUUUUUGAUGAAUAAUCGAGAGCGUUGAUGAAUUAGUUUAAUUUCCAUGUAAGCAUGACUAGAGAUUGAUCUUUAAUUAAUUUUAACGAAUUUUAUAUAUGAGAUGUAUAUUUCAUUAGUAACAUAUGUAAUAGAGAUGCAAGCAGCGUGUGAUUACAUUGUACAGGUGAUAUUUACAGUGUACUGCUAAAUGCAUAGGAAAGAUUUGCCGCGUGAUUGUUGGACAUAUAUGAAAAAUAUAUGUCAAAACGAUACAUUGUCGAAAAAAACGAGAGAACAAGAAAUGAUUAACAAGGAGGAGGGGGGAAUGAGAAAGCAAAAUGCAGCUUUAAAGCGACGUUGAGACAUGAUAUAUAGUUUACGAAAGACGAUGAUAAUUCAUUCAGAUGGAUUGUAAAGCUCUAUUCAAUUGUAAAUAAGUAAUUUUCAUUAUAAUAAUUAUAGAAGCAAUACUACCGUUAAUGCGGGAUUGCUUGUUCGCGAGAUAUGUAGAUCGCAGUACUCGUAGCCUCGAGAGGAAACUUCUUUUAUUAAUUCCUUUUAGUAAGUCUUCUUCUUCUUCUUUUUUUUAUCCUUAUCCUUUUUUUUUUUUCCAAUUAGGAUUCCAUCAUCAAAUUUUUUCUUAUUGCGUUUGCUCCUUCUGUUCGUUCAAAGGGCACUCAAAAUAUGCCUUUUUUUUAUGCAUAUUAUAUAUAUAUAUAUAUUUUUUUUUGCUCUUUAUGUAAUAAUAAGUCCACACAUUAUUAUAUUGUACAAUGGUAUAUAGAUACAUAUCUGUUGAAUGUGAAUGUUAACUUAUAAUAUAUUAUCAAAGUUAUUGAUUUAAAAUGCGUUUGAUCAUCGGCAGAGGGAAAGGGAAGGGGGGAGGGGUGUCUACGUAUUUUACAGAAUCGAAAGAAAAAGAUGCCUACAAUUCUUCUCAGACAUAUUUUACGUCGCGUAGUAAUAUCUUAAAAGGGAUAUAUGAAAAAUAAUAUUUAAAAAAAGCCUGUACAAAUUUCGAGCCGAUAAUCGGAAUGAUGAUGAUGACGAUGAUUAUGAUGAUGAUGAUAAACCGAGAGGAGACGCAAAGAAAGAAAGAAUAAUUAAAUAUAUAUAAUCGUGGACAAUAAAGAGUAUUACAGGCGAUUGUUUUUUUGCGAAAAUAGCUUAACUGCGACACAACAAACAAACAAACGAAAGAAAGUCCGUUUUGAAGACGGAAAAAAUGAGAAAUUAAUUGUCAUUUGCGAAUUGGGGAUAUACGUCCUAUAUAUCCCAUCCAAUUAAAGUAGUAUUCAAUGUGUUAUAUAUGUGUAAAAUAUAUCCAUGCAGAAUCUCAUUACUAA